UCCAAACAAAGGAAAUAUGCAGACUUCCAUCCCUGCCAAAACUUUGAGAAGAGGAAAGAGAAGAGAUGGCAACAGAGAAAGGCACAGUAUGCGUAACAGGUGGUACAGGGUUUAUAGGAUCUUGGCUCAUCUUCAGGCUUCUUGAUCAGGGCUAUUCUGUCAGAACGACGGUUAGAUCCGACCCUGAGCAUAAGAAAGAUACCAGCUUCCUCACAAGUCUACCAGGAGCAUCAGAAAGGCUUCAAAUCUUCUGUGCAGAUCUCAGCAACCCUGAAAGUUUCGAUUCAGCCAUGGAAGGGUGCACGGGAGUCUUCCUUGUUGCCACUCCAGUUGAUUUUGAAGACAGAGAACCUGAGGAAAUAGUGACGGAGAGAUCGGUCAAUGGAGCGAUAGGGAUCUUGAAGGCUUGCCUAAAUUCGAAAACAGUGAAGCGAAUUGUAUACACUUCAAGUGCAUCAACCGUCCAGUUUACCAGCAAUAAGGAUGUAAAAGAAGUUGAUGAGAGGUUCUGGAGCGACGUGGAUUACAUCAAAGCUCUAAGGCCAUAUGGGGGAUCCUACGUGCUUUCCAAGACUUUGACUGAAAAGGCAGUCCUUGAAUUUUCAGACAAAAAUGGAUUGGGCGUUGUGACAUUGAUUCCUUCCUUUGUUGUCGGCCCAUUCAUUUGUCCUAAGCUCCCUGGCUCCGUUAGGACCUCAUUGGCUCUGGUUUAUGGAAACGUGGAAGAAUAUAAAUUUAUAGUGGAUUUAUCUAUGGUCCAUGUAGAAGAUGUUGCCAGGGCUCAUAUAUUCUUGUUCGAACAUGGUGAUGCAAAAGGGAGGUAUAACUGUUCAGCAGAUGAGAUAACAAUUCAAAAGAUGUCCGAGUUGCUUUCUGCCAAAUACCCUGAAUUUGAAAUACCCUCAAAAGAUUCUCUGAAGGAAAUUGAAGGGUAUAAAAUCCCAAGUGUGUCAUCAAAGAAGCUCUUGGAUUGUGGCUUUAAAUUUGAGUAUGGGAUUGAAGACAUGUUCAGUGGCGCAAUUCAAUGCUGUAAAGAAAAGGGUUAUCUGUAGCUGCCUCCUAUUCAGAAGUAUGACAUGACUGUAAAAACAUAUUUCCAGGAAAUAAAUAUAUUCUUCUCUGUUUUUGAGUUGAACUUUUA